GUGCUGUGUGCUGAUAUACUAUUGUAUAAAUUAUCUUAAUUGGUUUUGUGUAUAUAUACCGUGUAUACAAUAGUGUUUAUUUAUUUAUAUCUAUUAAUAAUAAUAAAAUUCAUGAAAAAUGAAUAUGUCAAUAGAUAAAAAAAAGUAUUCCUCGACUUUGCCAACAAAUUGGCCGACUCGGGACGAAAUUCCACGAAAAAAUUCAAAUCCACUACCUCCAUCAUCAGGCAAAGUUGAUGUUUACUAUUAUAGUCGAGGAGUAAGGAACGAUGCAUCACUAGUACCUCCAAUAAGACAAACAGCAUCUAUUUUCAAGCAACCAGUUACGAUUUAUAAAACACAAGACAGAAAAGUCAGCAAAGAUGUCAAGCAUGGUGCUCAGGAUAAACCAAAACAAGAAGGAACUGAUAAAACUGACAGCAAGUAUUGUUCUCAAGACAAGCCUAAACAGUUAUUCUGGGAAAAACGAUUGGAAGGCUUAAGAGCAUGUGAUCCAGAUGGUUAUGAAUUCAACGGAAUGGAUUUACCUAAAACCCUAAAACCCGUUGGACCUUACAUAACCGAAGAAACUCUUCUUCAAAGUGUAGCAACAGCUCUUCACAUGUCUUCCCAACCAGUCACCGGACAAACCGGCUCCAAAACUUCAUUAGAAAAAAAUCCAGGAGUAUUUUUAAAUCCUGACCAACCUCUCGUGCAGGCAGUAACGAUAGCUGACGAAGAUAUUAAAAAGCAAGAAGACCGAGUUGCUAUUGCCAGGAAGAAACUUCAAGAAGCAUUACGUUCUUAAUUUUUUAUUACUAAUUAAUCAAUUGUCCAUAUUAUUAAAAUUAAAAUUCACAAAUAAGUUUUUUUAUUUAAGUUCGACUUUUAUACUUGACAGCUCAAUCACAUAAAUCAUUGAUAUCAAUUAUAUAUUUAAGUUAUCGAUAAAAAUAAAAUUUUUUUAAUGGUA